AUGCAGGCCCCAAAGCCUGAAGAUCUUUGCUGCAGGCAAAUCCGCGAUGCGGUGCGGAGCGACCCGCGGGCUCAGUACGUGCCUUUCGCUGAGCACCUGGAGGGCGUGAGCGGGGAAGGCUUCGACGCGUCGUCGGCUGCGUUCUCCCAGACGAUUGCACAGAUGUACCUCCACACUGGGCUGCGCUGGCUCCCGGGCGGACCGAGCUUCGACUCUCUCGCGCGGCGAUGUGGUCGCGAGGUGGUUCACGACAAGAUCCACUUGACUGAGAAGAGUGCAGGCACUCUACUGGAGCUUGUCUCUGGAACCUUGGGCAGGGACGAGCUGUCCCCCACACGGCUGCCCAGUGAGAGCCGCUGA